CAAUGAAAAUGGCCCAUUGAUUCUCUCUUUUCCAGUACUCCCGGCUGAAAUUUCUCACACACUACACACAGUACAGAGCUAACCGUUGUAUAGCGGAAAUUAAUAAAUGGCGUUAAGGGUACCGACGCUAAAAUGCGCCUUCUCGACCAAGGGGUGUACUUUAGUAAGUCUCUGCCGGUGGACCCAUACAAUAGCCCAGCCACCGCCGCUUGAUACCACUGUUGCCCACUCGAUCGACGCAUCACCGACGUUGUUUUUGCGAGAACAUCAAAACAACAACGGCAUCGGAGAUGCAUUUCCGAAUUGUUCAAUUUUCGGUGGCCCAAUGGAGCUUAUGGCUGUCCCCAAAAGAAAGGUCUCUCCACACAAGAGAGGCAUUAGGAAUGGACCAAAGGCUUUGAAACCUGUCCCAGUGAUCAUCCGUUGCAAGGUCUGCGGUCAAGUUAAGUUGCCACACUUCUUCUGUUGCAGUGGGAUUAAGCCAAACCCCAGUGAACACAAUGGUUGAAAGCAUUGAAUCUAGUCAUUAUUUUAUGGAUUUUUGCAGCAUCACGUUCACUAUUAUCAUUAUGUAGAAAUCUGGCUUACGUUGAGCAUAUUAUAGUUUUAUAUUAUAACUUUAAUUUGACCUGUUGGAACUUAAUGUCUUGUUUCGCAGAGAGAACUUUAUACCAUUCCACAGUCCAGUAGAAGGAGAAAGAAGUUAAAUUCUUGUUUGUAAUACUAUUGGGUCCUUGUUAAUAGCGCACUCCGUGAAUGGAUGGAUGUUGAAAGCUUUUUUUGAAUAGAACAAUUUUUUCAUA